CAGACGCGUCACUGCGCAUUCAACAUGGACCCGACGGUAAAGCGGUAGCGACGGACGCGUCUACAAGUCAUGUUUAUAUUCGCCUAUCACGACGCUUCAAUAUUCCAAAGGAAACACUCCGUUUGACCGGAGGAAACCUAAAAUGUAUGGCUUUCAAACUCUACCGCCCGUCCUUGGAUAAGUGACUGAUGAGAGACCGGUCAUGGCUGGAUUGAUCAAGAAACAGAUCCUGAAACACCUCUCCAGGUUUGCUAAGAACCUCUCCCCAGAUAAGAUUAAUCUGAGCACUCUGAAAGGGGAGGGCCAGCUUACCAACCUGGAGCUGGAUGAGGAGGUUUUGCAGAACAUGUUGGAUCUGCCCACCUGGCUCGCCAUUAAUAAAGUCUUCUGCAAUAAGGCCGCCAUCCGGAUCCCAUGGACCAAACUGAAGACUCAUCCAAUCUCUCUGUCUUUGGACAAAGUUGUCAUGGAGAUGAGCACCUGUGACGAGCCUCGCCCUCCCAACGGUCCAUCACCCAUUGCCACAGCCUCAGGUCAAAGUGAAUAUGGUUUUGCGGAGAAAGUGGUGGAGGGCAUCUCACUCUCUGUGAACUCCAUAGUGAUCCGCAUCAGCGCCAAAGCCUUUAAUGCCUCCUUCGAGCUCUCGCAGCUCCAGGUCCUCAGCGUCAACAACAGCUGGGACACUAGUGACCUGCGACGCACGCGUAUCCUGGACCCCACACGUGGAGAGAUCCUAACGUUUAAGGAAGUGAGCUGGCAGAUGAUCAGGAUUGAAGCAGAUGCUAUCCAGAACACAGAACAUGAGGUCAUCAGAGCCCCCAUACGCCUCAUCACCAACCAAUCAAAGAUCAGAGUCACUUUAAAGAGGAGGAUGAAAGACUGUAAUGUUGUUGCAUCAAAGCUGAUUCUGAUCCUGGAUGACCUGCUGUGGGUGCUGACGGACUCUCAGCUCAAGGCCAUGGUGCAGUAUGCUAAGUCUCUCAGUGAAGCCAUGGAGAAAUCAGCUGCACAGAGGAAGACAAUGCCCCCCGACACCACACAGGUAACACCGGCACCCCCUUCAGCCCAGCAGGUGCGCACACAGCAGGCUUCAGCCACAGCAGACCAGAGCGCUUCUAUGGAACGGCUCUUCAACUCUCAUGAUGUUCGUGAAACCUCACACCAUCUCCAAAUCACACACUUAGACCUGCAUAUUUGUGACGACACCAAUGCCAAGGACAGAGGAAUUAAUAAGAGAUUAGAUGGUGGCGCAAUGCAGGUGUCCUUCAGUUCUAUAACUGUAGACUAUUAUCCCUUCCACAAAGCUGGUGAGGGUUGUUUGCAUUGGAUGCAUUACAGCGAGGCCACGAAGUCUCGUGAGACCUGGGUCCGUUCUCUCCUGGAGGAGUUUAAGUCUAAUGUGGAUAUGCUCAAAAAUGUAGUCAGUGGCCAGUCCCAGAGCUCUCCUCAACAUGGAAAGAUCUCCACCAGCUCCAGCACUUCCUUCUCGCCUCCAUCUGCACCGAGAACCCAACUCAUGUCCAGCUCAAUUGUGCUACGGAUGGCAGAUUUCAGCAUCUAUCAGGUGUCUACAGCAGACCAGCCACGCUCCAGUCCUCAAAGCAUGAUAUCCUGCAAUAAGAAAACCCUUUAUCUCCCUCAAGAGAUGCCGGCCAUCCAUGCCGAAUUCACAGAGUACUACUUCCCGGAUGGCAAAGACUAUCCCAUCCCUUGUCCCAACCUGUAUGUGCAGUUGAACGCGCUACAGCUGGUGCUUGACCCGCGCAGUCUGGUUUGGCUCAAUCUGUUUGCACUGGACCUUCGUCAGAGCUUAGAACAAUUCAUGGAGCUGUACAAACUCAAUGACUCGCAGAAACCUGACGAACAUGUCGAUAUCAGAGUGGACGGCCUAAUGCUGAAGCUGGUGAUUCCUGCAGACCAGGAGAAGGCUCAGCCUGGCCAGCCUCGCUCUGUGUCGGUGCAGACCUCUGAGAUGGUGGCUACUAACACACGGCACUCUACCGGAUGCACACGAUCCAGCCUGGAAGCCCUUUUGCAGGCCUUCCAGGAGCAACCCUUCUUUACGUCCCUCUCUUCCUCCUUUCCUCAUGCCCAAAACUCCUCCUCUGUGCUCCAUCCGGUCUUCCAGCGGCAUGCUCAUGAGCAGGACACACGCGUUCAUGAUGUGUACCGGGGCCUCGCUCCACCAUCUCUCUCCACCAAGGCCCUCAAAACACCAGCAGCCACUGACUUGUGGGCUCUGCACUUCUCUCAGUUCUGGGUGGACUACGAGGGCUCACGCAGUGGGCGAGGUCGUCCGACACCUUGCGUGGACUCUUUCCCUCUGACUCUUUGGGUGUGCCACCCUUCCCGAUAUGCACAGCACAACGAGAGGCUCAGAGCGGGCGCAGUGUCGGGACUGUUGCCUCGCAGCGAGUCAGCAGAGAUUGCCAAUCGUCUGCAGAGGAAGAAACUUCUGAAGGAGUACUACGCCACUGAUGCGUGUCCAAGCAACAUGCCGAGCAAUGGUCUCCACAAACCACAAUCUCUAGACGGCCUAUUCAGUGACUCCUCUUCGUCUCUUUCCCUUGAUUCCUCGUCCAGUGAAGUAGACGUGCAGGUGCUAGUGCACGUUCAGAAGCACCUGAGUGCUCAGGUGAGCCAUGGGCAGUAUAUGUUCCUGCUCAGACUUCAGCAUACUGUGAAAUCUCUGCAGCGCACUUUACAGCAAGAUCUGGAGCAGUACGGCUCUAAGCUCCAGGGUCCCACACAACCCUUCAGCGCUUGCGUGGGCGUGCUCAUGAAAAGUGCAGAAGUUGCACUACUUUUAAAGCCUAUUCCCCAACCGGAUUUAAGCACCAGCCCCCUGGACUCUGAUGUCUCCCCCUCAGAAAGCAGGACGACUCUUGAAGCCGGGAGUGAGGUGGGCGAGGGACACGAGAUACCCUCAGCUGAAGGAGAGUGUACUCCAAAUGUAGAUCAGCUCCUUUUCGCUGGUACACAUGGCCUCAACGUAUCUCCUCUUCUUCCUUCCUCAUCCCCAUCUCCUGCUCUGAGAAAGGCGUCUAUGGAUGAGAGGAGUAGCGUGGCAUCUGGAGGGAGGGAGAAGGAAUUGAGAGAAGGAUCUCCUGAUGUAGAGGGCAGCAGAGCUGAAAUCAAAGGGCAACAGAGUGAAACGUCACAUGGUGGAAAUGCGGUAAUAGAUCCCGUCUCCGAAACUUCUUCCAGGGAGUGGAACGACAAGAGUCAUGGAGGCAGGCUGCCUCAGUCCAUAUCCAGGAAAGGCAGUUUAUCAGUGGUCUCUGACCUUUUAACCUCCACGCACAGCAGGUCUACCUCCUUAUAUUCCAUGUCCAACAUUGGUCGUUUGAUGCAGGGCAAAUCACAGUCGAGUUUCGCCGUGUCCUUUAAGAACAUGAAGAAAAGUCCUUCGCUGCAGUCUCUGGAUGAUCUCUCCAUAGACAGCUACUCACUGGAGGACUGUGAUAGCUACAGCCUGCUGGAGAGAGAUGAUGUAUCGAUCUCUGGCUUUAAGGACGCUCUAAGUGAACAGAUUUCCACAGAUGGGGCUAAUGUGAGUCUCGCUCAGGAGGCAGAUGAGGCCCAGUCACCUGACGCCAUCAGCGCAGCCUCACAGAGCAUAGACGAACCCACAAAAGACCUUGUGUCGGUGCUGAUUUUGAAGGUUCACUCGGUCUGCUGUUCUCUGGAUCUGAAGGGAGACGACACCGCAGUAGCUCUGGAGGUCGGGCGGAUCCGACCCAAUCAGCUCGGCAACGUCAGUUUGCGGCAGUAUCUUAGCAACCGCAGCCUGGGUUUAGUGUCUUCAGCAUCAGCCACUCAGAGUGGUGAAGGCUCUGGGUCAGGGUCUGACCCCAGCAUGGUGUUAUUAAAUCCAGAGGUGCAAGUAAGGCUGGAAAGUGGGCCGGGGGCUGCGGUUCACUCUCCUCUCGCAGAACAGAACGGCUUCCUUCAGUGUCGCCUACAGGCCUUCAGUGCCGACUUCCUCAUGACAUCACUGCGAAACCUCGCCCUCUUCCUGGGGGAUGACUCCGCCUCCCAGGUCCUCCCCAUGGAGAUCACCAUCAAAGACACACACGUGAACCUCAAGGAUGACGGUCCCCGUGACAAAGCGUCAGAGCCCGAAGCCACGCCCAUCGCCGUGCAUAUUCAUAAUCUGCUUAUCCAUCGUCAGGAUGACGGCUCAUUCAGCAUUGGAGGAGCUGAGCGUGCUGCGGACCCAAAGCUUCAGAAGGCGGGGCAUGUGAAUGACAGCAGGCUCAGUUCUGUCCCUGAAGUUCCUGUGGGUGUGGCCAGUGAGCCGAAAGCCACUCAGACUGCACCUCUGUCACGCACAAGCCCCACCCCCUCAAGUAGAGAACAGCUGCUCGUGGAGGAGAAUGAAUGUUUGAAACUGGAGCUGUCCAAAGCCAAGAUGGCGCUAGCGGAAGCCCAGAUGGAGAAAGACUCUCUCCAGCAUCAAAUGAAGAGUCUCAAACUCACCAGCGGGGGCAGCAACAGCUAGUGGCAGUGCAUGUGUGUGUGUGCAUACAGGACAGACACUCGCCACAGGGGGGCAGCAGAGUGCUUGGAGGGGCCCGGCGCCUUCAGAUAAAAAAUUCUCGAUUGGAGAAUGGUAUGUGUGGCGUGAGCUCUCACUUCACUUGGGAAUCAGACUUUAUAAUCAGUGGCAUCUGCUCUUAAAGAACAGUGUUCUUUACUAUAGUGUACACACAAACUUCAGAAUCAGAAAAAGUCAAGUAAAAAAAAAAACACACUUCAGAAAUUUCGCAUUCUCUUGAUGUUUUGUGGCUCUCUUCCUGUUUAUUAUUUCUUUGUGUCGGCGAGGUCUGCAGAUCAUCAUGGGAAAGUAAAGAGGUGAUAAAUGCACAUUCUUUAUCACUUUCUCUCUCUCUCUCUUUAACCAAUCAAACACAGUGUUGGAGCACAUUCCACCCUUGACCUUUAACCCCAGAACAGUCUGACACACUGUCAGGGUGUGUGAUGUUGAAUGUCAUAUCUUUGGAGGAAUGUCUUAAAAAGUUAAUUUGCACUGUGUCCGAACUCUUUUUGUUUAACAAGAACUAAACAAAUAUAUAUAUUUAGCAACUAAUAAAUUUGUGUUUAUGUAUAGUAAUUGUGAAAUACAAGAAUGUUUUUUUUUUUUGUUAAUGCGAUUCAAUUGGUGUAGGCACAAUUUUGUUUUGUUUUUAUGCCAGUGUCUCAAAAACGGGAAAAUGUUUUGGGGAUUAUUUAUGUUCACGAACACACUACACUGCUCCAGGAUUUGCAUUGCACAACUUAAUUUGUCUUACUACAAGAACAGAUGUGUUGAGGUUUGCAGAUAUCAGUUCAGUAUUUGUAACUAAAUGCAGUGUCAUUCUAUGUUUGUCUUUUUAGAUGAACAUUUGGACUGCAACAGUCAUAAUAGGAGAUUAAUGAUUAAUUUACAGGUGUUUAAUUUACUCUCAACUGAAUGUUUAGCCUUUGCUUUGUCACAUUGUUGAUCUGAUUACCAGCAUUUCUGCACAAAGAAAAAACAAAACAGAGCUGGAUGUUGGAGAACGGCUCAACAGAUGCAUUUGUGAGAAUGUCGGUUGGCUUUUCUUACGUACGCUUUAAAAGAGAAGAGCCUAUCUAGUUAUAUUGGGAUAUAAUGAAUGCAAAAAGGUCCUUUGCUCUCUCUCCAGCCCUUGUUUUCCCUCUCGACAGCGGCCUCUACAAGUGCCUGUGACUGCACACCUUCUCCAGAGGUUCUGCUCGAUUUCUUGUUCUCUAAAUGAAUGUUUUAACGCUCUUCACAACACAAGCUCCCAUCCUGAGAACAUUUUUUCAGAUGUUUGGACUUGAACAUUGAGAGCUGGAUGACAAACACCUGAUUGUAGAAAACCAAAACUUUUCUUUGGUAGUACUAGGCCUCGCCCCUAUAACACUAGCCCCGCCUCAAUAUGUAUCAGACACGCCUCUUAGAGAUGCACAAAUGAUGAACAAUGAUGCUCACUUAUGAAAUUAUGAUUUCUUGUUACUGUCAGAAGCUGCUGAAGUACUGAGACAUCUGAAAAUAAAGCUUAAAACAUUUUA